AUGACCGCGAACGGCUGAUGAUCUGUCUACCCCUUUGUCUUGGGAGUAGACAAAAGUGUCCGCAAGAGCGCCACUCGGGACGUUUAGUUACACGGUCGAGAUCGGAUAUCGGCGGUGGCCGAAGCGACGGCACGACGCGUACACACACAUACACACUUACACAUGGAGGCGGCCUCGGAGUGGGCGGAGCUUCGUCUAUCGGGGUGGGAGAGUGUUCGUGGCUCACACCCACAACAACACCACCGGGUCUGGUUCAAAAUCAUUGACCUUGUUACCAGAAUCGGUUCGGCGCGACUUCGGUGUACCGAAUUCGAAUAGUUUUCCUCCCGUUUUAACACGAAAAUCGCUUAUGAAAAUUAUCGUUUUAAUAUUUUUCCGUUCGUAUUUUUAUUAAAUUGAUUCGUUAUUUUCUAAGUGUUUAGUGCGAUUUUUUUUUAAUUUAAUUAAAAAAAACACGUAAUAUAUUUUAUUAUUCGUUUUUUUAACCGUUUCGUUCGUAACUUGUAUUCUUUAUUUUCGCCGUGUAACGCGCGGUACCGGCUAAUCGCCGAACACGCAUUCAUAGUGCUGCCAAACAAUCGGACUAAAUUUUUCUUCGAUAAUUAGAUUUCUACACAAUUUUAGUAGACACUCACAAGCGACCAAUUGCCGUAUGAGUAAAGGCCGCGGUAAUGCGGUGUCUGGCAGCCGGAUAUGAGGAACGGCGGCAGCGGCGGCGGUGGCGUUGUUGCGGUGGCGUCGAGGAGCCGCUGGCGGAUCACGUUGACGCUAAUGGUGUGCGUGAUGACGGCCGGCAUAGAGUGCUGCGGCCCUUUGCGCGGACCGUCCAAAGUCCGGAAUCCGCGGAAACUCAAGCCACUGGUGUUCCAGCAACACGAGCCCAACGUCAGCGAGUUCUCAAUCACCGCCAGCGGACCACCCGAAGGCCGCAUCGACCGCAACGACUCCUUGCGAUUCAUGCAGUUAGCGCCCAACUACAACGCGGACAUCGAGUUCAAAGACGAAGAAGGCACCGGUGCUGAUCGCCUUAUGACUCAGAGGUGUAAAGAGAAGUUGAACACGUUGGCGAUCAGCGUGAUGAAUCUGUGGCCUAGCGUCCGGCUACGGGUAAUCGAUGGCUGGGGCGACCGGUUCGGCAAUAGUCUGCACAGCGAGGGACGUGCAGUGGACAUCACUACGUCCGACAGGGACAAGUCCAAGUACGGCAUGUUGGCCCGGCUGGCCGUCGAGGCCGGGUUCGAUUGGGUCAACUACAAACGUGGCUACAUACACUGCUCUUGCAAAUCAGAAACUAAAAUAAAUACGAGAUCGAUGGGAUGUUUUACCGGCGACAGCAUAGUGACAACGACGUCCGGCAAGAAGCCGAUGAAAGACUUGAAUGUCGGCGAAUCGGUGUUGGCGCUCACCGACGACGGACAGUUGCGCUUCAGCAAGGUACUGUUGUUCCUGGACAGAAGUACGACAGCGAGAACGGACUACGUGACGCUGGUAACGGAAUCGGGAAAAUCCAUCACGGCGACGCCCAGUCACUUGGUGCUCCGCUGGGAGAAACCUGAAAGGUCGCAAGUCUGGGAUGCUAACCCGGUACUCGCCAAGAGCAUCCGAGUAAAUGAUACGCUGCUUACCGUCGUGGACGGCAAAGCCGGCCGUAAGGCAUUGCGCACCGAACGCGUAGUGGAAGUUAGGCACAUGGAGAGACGAGGACUGUACGCGCCGCUGACCGUCGACGGCACCGUGAUCGUCGAUGACAUCGUGGCAUCGUGUUACGCCGUCAUACACAGCCAGCGAAUAGCUCAUUGGGCAUUUUUGCCCGCCAGAAUGGCGGCUGCUGCACAAACUUCCCUAAAAGGAUUCAUCUGGCGUUUAGCGCACCCACUGGCCACGUCCGUACCGAACCAGUUGGAAAUCACGGCGCCCACCGAAGGCAUUCAUUGGUAUCCGAAAUUGUUGUAUGCCAUAUCCGGCUACAUUAUACCAGCUAGUAUGAUGGACGCACAUUGAAUAUAAAUAUACAUUGCGCCGUUAUUUUUAGUAGAUAUAAAAUGACCUUUCGAAUCUAUUGUUUGGCUAAUUUUAAUUUUAAUCAAUUCGGUACGUGCAUUUUUGCUCUAACGUUGGGAUUAAUGUAUUUUUUCGACCAUUUCCCAACUCCUGUAUCCCAAAAGUGACUUAUAAUUAUUAUACCAAAAAUAAUUUAUAAUUUUUAUUUUGUAAAUUUGUAAAAACAAAAUCAAGUUUCUAAUCUGACUAUCAUAUUUGUUGUCCUGUUGACACUAACAUUAGCUAGGUAUAACACCAAAAUACAUAUUAUUUAAUCUUGUUGAUAUUAAUUUACCAACCACGUUUUAAUACAAUACACCUAUUAUGUUUUAUCUAAAACAAAAUGCUUAUCUAAAAACAAAAAAACCUUUUCAGAAAAACACUAAACUGAUAACUAAUGCAUUGAAAACUUGUACUUAUUAAAUGUUAAUAAUUUAUUAUAAUUUAAAUUAUACUUCUUGUAAAUUAUAUUGUAGGGUUUAAAAAUAUGUUGUUAUUUAUACAUUGUAUGUAUGUAAAUUAUUAUGUUGUGUAUACAUUUUAUGCCUAUUGCCUAUUUAUUAUCUAUACAUCGUAAUUAUUGUAAGCUCGAAGUGUUAUGUACAAAUGUAUACGUGUAUAAACCAUAAAUAAAUGAGACCAAAUCAAAACUGCGAAUAGUUAUUUCAUAAAAAAAAAUUGUCUACAGGAAAACUAUUAAGUCGAAUGUCGAUUGAUGUGAAUGCGAGGAUGACUCGGCGAGGACUCGUGCUCUUUGGCAUACUUAUAGAUUUAGUUAAUUAUACCUAUAUAAUCAGAUAUAUAAUAUAUUUUUAUGGCAGUCCAAAAAUGGAAUUUUAUUUAUGAAAAUAUUUAAAAAUAUUAAUUAUUAAAAUUGUAAAAUUGUU